ACCUUAAACACUUAAAGCUGUAAACUAAUGAUAGUUAUAUAAGAGCAGAUGCAUGCUGGUGCAAUAAGCUGUACGUUUUACGUCCAAUGGAUGCACGAUCUGAAUAGUCGACUAAGUGCAAAAAUAAUUGGUGACUAAUCAACUAUCAAAAUAAUAAUUUGUGGCAGCCCUAGUUGACAAGAUUAUUAAUCAUUUAGAAAUCAAUAUUGUCUGUAUGGACAGCAAUUUAUAAAAAAAAAAAAAAGAAAUGUGUAAAGCUGCGGUGUUAAGCGAUGCGGAUGAAAAAUUUGUUUGCACCUAACUUUUGUGCUGGUGCACCUAAGAAAGGGGAAAAAAAAAAAGUUGGGCGCAACAGUGCAACUGUGCCAAAAAGUUAGUCUAGAGCCCUGAUCUGACUACAGUGUUUCUGGCUAACUGAUUAAAAGUUUUUUCCAAUAAAAUGUAAUCAAAUAGGCAAAAAUGGCGGCUUUUUAAAAUCCCAGUGUUACAUAAAAGUUUUAGUUUUGGACUAACAAAAAUUAGUCCACAGUCUCCGACUUCAUCAUGCAGUUGUUCGGCGUCCUGCGUCAUGCCUUGUGGGCUUGCCGAUGUGGUUUUGCCUCACCCUCCAUGUCAUCCUCAUUAGCGGGAUUAAGUUUGGAUUAGAGGCGGAGAGCAGCAGUCCGGUCCAUCUGCCUGCUUCAACUUGCACCGACACAGAAAGUCACUGGACGGUGGCCUGCAAGGGUCCUCUUUGUUUAUCCAUUUAUUGUUUCCAUGACGAGCCAGCGGAAGAUUCUGAUUUUCAUUUCCAGCUGUUCGGAAAAUAUUUUAAUGAUCUGGAGCUUUCUGAUUCACCGAUGAUUGAAUUAUUACAGAAAUAAGCUCACAGGCAUGACUCAACAUAAUGGGUGGGUUAGCUUACUGAUCAGCCAUACAAAACAGAGUUUGGGCUGUUUUUGUUGAAACCAACUUUACUUGUGAAAUCUGAUAAAUGCUGAUUUUACUUCAGAAUGAGGCUUUAAAAAUAUUUUAUCCUGAGAAAGUUGAGCCUCUACAUGUGAUAUUUCCCAGGUAGCACAUGGAAGUAUCCUGUACCACGUCCAUCUGUGCUGCAGGCAUUUGUGUCUAUAACCUCCUGAAACACAAUCUGAAGCUCACAGUGAAAAGUCCUGAUUGGCUGUGUGGAGGUGAGAAGAGUCAGCCACUGAACUUCUCUUUGUUGCUUUAUGUUUUCAUUUGUUAGUUACGUUUCCUGUGAACGACCCAAAGUGGCAGAGAAGACAUGAAAACUUUGACUGUUGUCAGACACCUUUUCCCUUUAAACUCCUUGGAGUCCUGUCACCGUUUUCGGGGGUUCAGGUCAGAGCUGUUUGAAAUCUGCGUAUUAACCCUGUGCAAUCAGUAUGUGGUAAUGUUUGGCCUGCUCUUGUUUAUAUCACUGGUUCCCCUUUAAAAGUGAUGUGAAAGUGACUGCUUUGCUCCCUCAGAGGCAGUUCUUAAGUUAACAGACUCUGCUGGUUGCUGAGUUUUGAUUUCCUGCUUCUCCUUUUUCACGUCGUCACUCUGAGUCGGGCCAUGAACCAUUGACAGCGGCAAAAGCUGAUAAGUGUCUUGUUUAAAGUCCAACAUGCUUUAUCACCCAGCGGCUGUUUAAACUUUUGGCUCUUCAGUUAAGAAGACACUGUGACCUCUGACCCGUGCAUCGUGUUGCUGUCGUCAUGUUGCUAUUAAAGAAGGUGAAGCUGCAGAGGGAGAGGCAGAGAGGCAAAACGGGCGAGCCGGUCUACUCUCCCGGUCACAACGGCUCUCAGGCCACGUCGCCUGCCGCCCUGCCCCCACUUCGCAACAGUAACCACCAUCAUUUGACGGGAGGCUCUAAAGUUGCGAUGUCGGACGCCGUCCAGCUGUCAUCGCAGUCGCAGGGCCACGUCACUCAGCUCUAUGAGGAGAACACCAACAAACGCCCGGUGCUGACCUCCCAGCCCAAUGGGCUGGCUCCAAUCAGCUCGUCCCGACCUGGCUUGCCGCUGCCAGACCGGCAGACCUCGACGUCAGAGCCUGCCCACCACCACCGCCAGAGCAGCGCAGCCUCCAACAAGUCGACGGACAGCAAGCCGAAGGUCAACCCCAUGACCCCGGAGCAGGCCAUGAAGCAGUUCAUGUCCAAAAUUUCGUCAUUCGAGCAACACGAGAUGUUCAGCUAUCCCGAGGUGUAUUUUGUUGGCCAGAAUGCCAAGAAGAGGCAGGGGGUCCUCGGUGGAGCCAACAACGGGGGCUAUGACGAUGAUCAGGGGUCUUACAUCCAUGUACCACAUGACCACAUCGCAUAUCGCUAUGAAGUCUUGAAGGUCAUCGGCAAGGGCAGCUUUGGACAGGUGGUGAAGGCCUUUGACCACAAGACUCAGACACAUGUGGCUCUGAAAAUGGUCCGCAACGAGAAGCGCUUCCACCGGCAGGCAGCGGAGGAGAUCCGCAUCCUGGAGCACCUGAAGAAGCAGGACAAGGAUUCAAGCAUGAACGUCAUCCACAUGCUGGAGAACUUCACCUUCCGAAACCACAUCUGCAUGACCUUCGAGCUCCUCAGCAUGAACCUGUACGAGCUCAUCAAGAAGAACAAGUUUCAGGGCUUCAGCCUCCCGCUGGUCAGGAAGUUUGCCCACUCCAUCCUACAGUGUCUGGAUGCACUGCACAAGAAUCGCAUCAUCCACUGCGAUCUCAAGCCCGAGAACAUUUUACUGAAGCAGCAGGGACGCAGCGGCAUCAAGGUCAUAGACUUUGGUUCCAGCUGUUAUGAACAUCAGAGGGUUUACACCUACAUCCAGUCCAGGUUCUACAGAGCACCGGAGGUUAUUCUGGGCUCCAGGUAUGGGAUGCCCAUCGACAUGUGGUCUCUGGGCUGUAUCCUUGCCGAACUGCUCACUGGUUACCCCCUGCUGCCGGGCGAAGAUGAAGCUGACCAGCUUGCCUGCAUCAUCGAACUCCUGGGAAUGCCCACUCAGAAGCUCCUUGACGGCUCCAAGAGAGCAAAAAACUUUGUGUCAUCAAAAGGCUACCCACGGUACUGCACCGUGACCACGCUACCCGAUGGCACCACAGUGCUGAACAGCGGGCGCUCGCGGCGGGGAAAAAUGCGCGGCCCCCCGGGCAGUAAGGACUGGAGCACGGCGCUGAAGGGCUGCGAUGACGUGCACUUCAUCGACUUCCUCAAACAGUGUCUAGAGUGGGACCCGGCACUCAGGAUCACGCCCAGUCAUGCGCUUCGGCACCCGUGGCUGAGGAGGCGGCUUCCAAAGCCUCCGUCAGGAACCACGGCUGGAGAAAAGACCUCAUCGUCCAAACGUGGCACGACCACUACUGAUGGCGCCAUCACCUCCAUCUCAAAGCUCACCACCACCUCAACCACCACGUCAUCCUCCUCAAAAACCAGGACUAACUUAGCAGCUAUCACGGACGCCAACGGAAACAUCCAGCCGAGGACAGUGCUGCCCAAACUGGUCAGCUGAGAGUGAAUGCACCCCACUCGCUGCAGGGAGGAUGGCAAACCAGCCGAAUAAAUAAACUGGUUUCGUCCAGUUUGACAAACGUUUGGUUUUUCAGCGUUGUUGGGGUGCAUUCAGAAUAAACACGGCAUGGAAAUGUGCGGAUUGGCUACUCCGCCGCACAAAACCCAGUUAGAUGAACUUGCUUGCGUUCAGGAAUGCCUCAAAUCCUCAGUUUUACAUUUUGAGCAGUGAGACACGAAGUAACCGCACAUUGUUUGGACCCGACUGCAGCGCCACUCAGACAAUCAGAACUCACUAUACCGCUCUGUAGCUCCAAACUCACAAACACAUCAACAACAUGGUGCUGACGGGGGAACAAGGCUGUUUUUAAAGCGUUUUUAGUACAGAAUCUUUUUAGCUGGUUUGAUUAAUCAAUUUAACAGCUUCAGUCUUACAAGGUUAUAUCCAAACACAGUGUAGGGCCUUAUGAAGGAGGUUUAUGAGGUUAACUGACAGUUAAGUUUGAUAUAUCCUUUUAAUUCUAAAGGUAUAGUUGUGCAGUGAUUAGCUUUCUAGUCUUUGUUUUAUGUCAGAGUGGAAAAAAAGUUUGUUGGGUUUUAGUUAGGGGUAGAUUGGUGGUGUUUGUUAAAAGCCCAGCAGAACCCACUCCCUGCUAGGUAGCUAACUUUGUUAGUUAGCUUUUGUUUUACAGUGUAGCUAGCCUUUUUUUACCGUGCUAGCAUAGUGCCUGUCAGCUGGCUAACUGCUAGCUGGCACUGGUUGUUGUUGGACAGCUACAUGUUUCUUAGCUGUCCCUUUGCUAGCUAUUUACCUUUUGACUUGCUAGCAGUUAGCUUAGCAAAUUUUAAAUCUGUCAGCUAGCUAUAGCUGGCUCCACGUUUGCCUUUUUUGGCAGUCUGGCGGCUAGCCUUAUCCGGUUUUUAGCCAUAGCUCGUUAGCUCUUCACUGCCCAGCCUUACGAAGCACAGACAGAAUGAAAAAGAUUUUUAAUAUCUACACUUUUUGUUUUUUGAUGGGGAUAAAAUAAUGCCUGAAAAGAAGAAUGUUUGAAGUAAACAAGCACCAGUUUUUUCCUUUUGUAAUGAAUCAAAACUGAGCACUGAGGGCACGAAAUGGGGUUUGAGGGAUUACCACAGAGGAGCUGGUUUAAUAGUAACAUUAUAAACCUCACAGCAAAGAGCAUGGAUUUAAAAAAAUAAAUAAAUACAUUUAAUGUUGUAAACCAAAGGGGACAGUGAAGAAUUUUCUUAAAUAGCCAUUUUAAAUAGUAUUUAAUAAUAAUUUGUCAUUGUAUAGAGAAAAUAAAAGAUGAUUGUUGACCGUUACGCGGUAGACGUAUCACCUGAGCCCAGAAAAAAAAGUUUAUCUAAAAUUAACUUAUACACAAAUCCUCAUGUGCAACAAAAUGAGUGUAAGCAACUUUGAUUUUCAAAGUACCAUAGGUUUACUAAGCUCCUCCAUUUGGUUUUUCUCAAAGUAUGGCGAGGUUGUUUUAAACCACAGCCUUUAGAGCCAUUUGGAGCAUGAUAUGUAGUGAAUACCCUUUUAAAAAAGUAACAAAGAAUAGUUAAGGAGCAUCUACGUCAGAAUGGAUCGAGCAAUAACAUCUAAAGUUUAGCCUUUCUUUUUUUUUUUUUCUUUUUUUUUUUUAACUUGCGGCAGUCAGUGAGCGAUUAAAGGUGAAUACCAAUGGGACCUAAGCAUAGUGAGCCACUGCGUCUGGCCCUGAAUGACGCAGUAAAAUUACAGAUUAAUUUAAUGAUUAUUGAUUAUAUAGAUCCAAAAAGAAGUACAUUUGCUGAUACACGGAUCAGAGUUAAUUAUUGAAAAAUUUAUAAUGGGACGGGAGAUGAUUUUUAUUUAUUUGCGACACGUUAAUAUUUAUUAAUCUAAUCUAUGUAUUACGUGCAGUUUAUACUGUAUACUUGAAUGUGUGUGAGCUGGAUGUAUGUACUUGUGCGUGUAUGCGCGUGCGCAGUAUAAAGGGUCUUUUUGUUUGUUUGGGUUUUUUCUAAAGCUUGUUCCCUCAACCCUGCAUACUUUUACACACACACACACACACACACACACACACACACACACACACACACACACACACACACACACACACAGCUGUAUCUGACGCACUCUAAAACUAUAGGAAGAUGACGACUAGGAGAAAAGCUGGCCCACAGAUGGCUGUGUGCACCAUCAGCCUGGUGAUGUAAUGUAGCACGCAGGAAGUGGACGACGAUGCUCAUAAGUAACUCUUGUUUAAAAACAAACAAACAAAAAAAAAAAAACCAGACACUACCUGCUCCACCCAUCUCAGGGGAAGCUUUGUCCCCCUUCUGGAGGAGGAAGAGGAGGAUAAAGGGGGGGAUCCUCUCUGAUGUUGGUUUGUUUUUUUUUUCUGAGGACUUGAUUGGUUGAGUUUUUUUUUUUGUUUGUUUUUUUUAAUUCAGUGAGAUGAAGUGCAGAGAGCUCAUAACUGUGUGCCUUCAGUAUCUCUUGCCAUGUCUCUCUCACACACACACACACACACACACACACACACACACACACACUCUUAAAGAGGUGAUGUCAUAGCAUCAAUAACAAAAAUGAACAACAAAACCUCCCAGGAAGUCCGUCAGUAUCCUUUGGUGCCACUCACACCAGCAUGGUGAGAUUUAAUGGCUUAAGAGUCUGGAUGCUGAUCAGUUCCUGGUUUGUUUCAGUAAAGCCCAAAGACACCUUGUGAACCCGUGUGACCUUUGACCUCUAAACCCCAGCUUGUCUUCACUGAUCUGAUACAAUGGUUUUGUGGUCAGUGGAGACUCAAACACAUGUUUAGCACAGUUUACAGAGCAAACAAUAGUGCAGCAGAAAGCUCAAACAGUGGACACAAACCCCAAAACGCCCACAUUUGACCCUGUGGAGGUGUUCUUGUGAAAAAUCAGUCCGGCUUUCAUUUUGAUCUAGGAAACCGCUGUUUUGCUCAAAUCCCAAGCCCUGGAUACAUUUUAGAGGUUUUACUCUUGAUUCUUAAUACUUUUGACUGUAAGCAAGUCAGAUUUAUAGCUUUCUGUAUAGUCACUCUGAGUCCUGACCCACUAUAAAUGGCAAACUUCCUGCCAUAGGUAAGACCAUAUGGGGCCUGGAGUUGUGAAUGAAUCAAAAAACGAUGUAGUAAUACUAAAUUAGUGCCACCAUAUUUCAGUACCUGUAUCCACCUGUGAAUGGUUUCCCUGUUAUUGCUAUCUGCUGCAUUACAGAACAUGCCAAUUUACCAGCCAAAGUAGCUUUAAGCUAACCUGUACCGACAUCCACAGGUGUGUGUGUGUGUGAUAAGAUGAUUUUUGGGGUGGGCAGGGGAUGUAUAACAUGGCUGCACAAUGUAUAGACACAUAUCAGCCCACUGUCGCCAUCUGUCACUGUGGUACAGACCAGUGACACCUGCUGACAAGAGGGCUAAGCUAACACUAGCCGUUCGACUGCUAGCGCCCAGCCGCUAGCUGCUGCACUGACAUUUGUUUUCUUUGCAGUGAUGCUAACACUAGCCUAUUGCUAAAUAAAUGCUAGUAGCACAUUUUUACCUGCUAGCGUUGAGCUCUGCACAGAGAGUGCUCGUGCAAGCUGUUAGCAUUAGCAUUAAUGUGGUUUUAAAGGGUUUUUUUUUUUGUGUUUUGUGUUUUUUUUAAUUUAAAUAUUCGUACCUCAGAUCGCUCAGUUAUUAUGAUUAUAACCGCUGUCACUAACACCCAGGGCAUUUGGUUGAUUCUACCAAAGUGCAUUCCUUUACAAAGCUAGCUCAGAGCUAGCUGCUCAGAUAGACACGCAGGUAGGUAGGCAGGAAGUAUGAAAGAACGCAAAGGGGAAGUGGACAGAAAGGCGAUUGAGUGAGAAGCAGCUGUUGUUAUUGAGAUCAAAAGAGCAUGAAUUGCUUUGUUUUGUUUUU